AAGCAGACCUCGGGAAGCUUGGGGAAACAGGCUCAGCUGGGUGGACCCGAAAACGCUGCGCAACCUCGAGGGAUGAUUUGUUCCCAUCGAGGAAGAUGUGUGGAAGAUCCCAAUUCGCUUUUUCUUGUUUCUCGCGAUUCCAUCUUCGAUUCUCAAUGCUGAGAGAGUGUCUAAUUUUGUCAAAACCACGCCUGAGAAAUACAGUGUCUACCAUCCUUCAGAAACGCUUGGAAUCGCUGUUGAGAUUACCACUAAAUUCUCUUUUCUUAUGCCACAAGUCUUUGGCUAGCUGUCGAGUCUCCUUUCCAACAAUUUCAGAUGCGAUCGAAGUGACCGAAUCGCACACGGGUGGCGCGGUGCUCGGCGCUUCUUUAUUUGGAACUUCGCCGAUCAAACAGAGAGGCACUAUUUUCGCGCCAGUGAAGUCCUCUCAGAUCUCGAUCGCGUUUGAAGAAGAGAUGAAGUCAAUCCACUUCGGAGCAAAUUCCAACGUCGCUCGUGACACGGUUGCCGUUGUUUUAGGUCAUUCGAAUGGUGCCCGUUUGCACAUCUUUGCCUGUUUGUGCUACAGCAUGUGUUGUUAAUCCCCGGCGUGCGAUCGUUCUUAAGACGCCGAUCUCGAGCUUAUCUCCGAAAUUCCUCUCACUGGCUGAUUACGUGUAUUUGAGAGAAAUGUAGCAGAGGUAAUAUAUCAUGAUUUGUUGGGAAUCGGUUGGGCUCUAUGAUA